AUGUUUCCUCCGGAUUACCUCCUGCUCCUUCUGUCGCGUCUGCUGGUCUCCGUCUUUGUUCUCUGGCUAUCAGCAAGAAUAUGGAGAUUCUUCACUCCGAGAGAGCAGCACUCUUUACGUACAGUCGCUAUAGUUGUUCUGGGCGAUCUGGGACGCAGUCCGCGGAUGAUGAACCACGCAGAGAGUUUCGCUGAGAACGGGUUUUUCGCGGAUGUUAUCUGCUAUGGAGGUUCUGCGCCCAUUCCGUCUCUGAACCGGCCUGAAGUUAAAAUCCGUCAACUUCCCGAACCACCUCGUCCACUGAGGGCGCUUCCCUUCCUUCUCUCGGCACCCGUCAAAAUUGUCCUCCAGAUUCUGGGAAUAUUUGUUGAACUUUUCACCAUUCCAAACCCUCCUGAAUUCAUUCUGGUCCAGAAUCCACCGAGUAUCCCCACGCUCGCUAUCGUUCAAACUGUCUGCUAUCUGCGGGGUAGCAAGUUGAUAAUCGACUGGCACAAUCUUGGGUACAGCAUCCUUGCGCUCAGAUUUCCUAAAGCUGGGGAAAAGCACCCGUUGGUUCGAUUAGCCAAAUGGUUCGAAUCGACGUUCGGCCGACACGCAUACGCUCAUCUGUUUGUUACAAACGCUAUGCGAGAUCAUCUCGUGAAGCAGUGGAACCUGCAAGGAAUCAAAGUCGUGCUGCACGAUCGACCGCCUCGCCGGUUCCAUGCCACUACACCCCAAGAGGUGCAUGAGGAUUUCUCGGCCCAGCCUUGUCUUCAGGGCUUUCUACCUGCAUCGAAACCGGCGCAAUCCACUUUCAUGACUGCGACGUCCACAGGAGCAUCUAACUCACCCACGGCCGUGAUUGACCCAAUAUAUUCGCACGCAAUCUCGACUUUCCUUCGACCAGAUCGACCUGCGCUACUGGUCUCCAGCACAUCCUGGACCCCGGAUGAAGAUUUCGGAAUAUUACUCUCCGCGCUUACCAACUACAAUCAGCGAGCGGCCGCGUCUGCCGGGAAUCUCCCUAAGCUGGUGGUGGUUGUGACGGGGAAAGGACCGCUGCGUGAAAAGUACAUGUCCGAGAUCAACGAUCUCCAAAGAAUUGGGACUGGGUCCGAUGCGUUGGAUCUUCUUGAACUUUGCACAGGAUCCGCCGACCUUGGCAUAUGCUUGCACGCCAGCUCAUCUAAUCUUGACCUGCCCAUGAAAGUGGUCGAUAUGUUUGGCUGCAGACUUCCCGUCUGUGCCUUGGGAUUUGAUUGCUUGAACGAGCUUGUCAAGGACAAUCAGAACGGGCUGAUAUUCAAAGACGCUGCUCAACUAGCAGAACAGAUAGAGAUCCUUUUGACCGGCUUUCCAAACUGCCCCCGGCUAGAUCAAUUACGCUCAGCCCUCGAGCCAGCCUCAGAACGGCCAACAUCACCUUCACAUUUACCUCCGCUUCUUGACCCUACCAUGGACAUUUGGGAGCCUUGGGACAUGAAUUGGGCGCGUCACAUAAAACCGCUCAUCCUCAAAGAUGUGAGGAGAGAUGGAUUAUAA